AUGCGGGUGUUGCCGCUGCCGCUGCCGCUGCUGCUGCUGCUGCUCAGUCCGCUGCCCGCGACCCGCACCCACCCGCAGCCCUGCGGCAUCCUCAAGCGCAUCGGGCACACGGUCAGACUGGGGGCCGUCCUGCUAUUGCCCCAACCCCAGCCCCGGGCUCCCGGCCCCGGCCCCGGGGUGGGGGGGGUGGAGGGGGUGGGGGUGGGGGAGGGCAGCGCUCAGCCCCUCGGUGCCCGGGAGGCUCUCCUGCGCGCCGCCCGGCACCUGAACGGGAAGGGCGGGCUCCUGCCUUACAACCUGUCGGUGGAGCUGGUGAUGGGGAUGGAGGUGGGGCUCGGGGAGCUGCCGCUCUUCAGCUCCUCGCCUCUGGCCCGGAGGGACCCCCAGUCGUUUCUGGAGAGCGUGUGUCACACGGUGGUCGUGCAGGGGGUCGCCGCCAUCCUCGCCUUCCCGCUCAGCACAGAAGUGCAGCUCGAGUUCCUGUCGUCCACCAUCCGGAUCCCCGUCGUCAGCCUCGUCCAAGAGGAGUAUCCCAGGAAUUCCAAGAAUCCACUCCAUCUGCAGAUGAGCCUAAACAAUUUUCACCCUUCACAUGUGGAUAUACUUAUCUUCCUCCUGACAAUGAAUAGCUGGUAUGAUGUCAGCCUGAUUUUGUGCCAAGAAUGGAACGUUACCAACUUUCUCAACCUUUUGCACAAUAACUCUAAAUUUCACCUUGAAACUAUUUUAAAUAUCACUUCAGAGAAAGAUGAUGACGACUUUUUGAAUUAUUUACAAGAGCGCUCGGACACAGAAAAAGACGUUUUGUUGACCAUCAUCACAUUCGGCUGUGACGUUGAAGAAUUCCGAAGGAUUUUUCAAUUAGCCAUGAAAUAUGGAUUAACAUUGCCAGAAUAUCAUUGGAUUCUUGGCGACUCGCAGAAUGUGGAAGAACUAAGAACUGAAGGAUUACCAAUAGGUCUUUUGGCUCAUGGUGAAACUACACAACCUGUUUUCCGCAAUUAUGUGCAGGAUGCAGUGGAGCUGAUAGCCAGAGCAGUUGCAGCUGCAACCUAUGUCAAACCAGAGUUGGCUCUUAUUCCAACUACAACAAACUGCAUGCAAAGGGAAACAAUGAAUGCAUCAUCAGGCCAGUUUCUUUCAAGAUUUUUAGCAAACACCUCUUUUGACGGUGUAACAGGUUACAUCAAAGUGAAUGAGCCAUUCAUCAUCACUUCAGACAGUCAUUAUUACAUCUGGAACCUGCAAAAUGACCCUGUUGGAAAACCCAUGUGGACUCGACUUGGGAGGUGGCACAGAGGGGCAAUUGUCAUAGACCAUGGGAUUUGGCCCAACAAGAUGCAGAAGCAAAGGAACAGUGGGGCGUAUCGCUUGCAAUUGAAAGUAGUGACGCUUAUUGAACACCCUUUUGUGUUCACCCGCAAUACCGAUGAAGACGGACGGUGUCCCGCGGGACAGUUGUGCCUGGAUGUUCUCACAAAUGAUAGUGAAGUCAUUGCAAGCCUUUUUGAAAACCUGCGGUCGGGAAAUGAUUCUGUGCCUAUAGAGUACAAAAAGUGCUGCUACGGUUACUGCAUUGAUCUCCUAGAGAAGCUGGCUGAGGAUAUGAAUUUCGACUUCGACCUAUACAUAGUGGGUGACGGAAAAUACGGUGCAUGGAAGGGCGGUCGCUGGACAGGCCUGGUGGGUGAUCUUCUCAGUGGUGCUGCAGACUUGGCUGUGACAUCUUUCAGCAUUAACUCGGCGAGAAGCCAAGUGGUUGAUUUCACCAGUCCUUUCUUCUCCACUAGUUUGGGCAUUCUGGUGAGAACGAGAGAUACAGCAGCUCCUAUAGGAGCUUUUAUGUGGCCAUUGCAUUGGUCAAUGUGGCUGGGGAUCUUUGUGGCUCUUCAUAUAACUGCGUUGUUUCUGACUCUGUACGAAUGGAAAAGUCCAUUUGGAAUGACUCCUAAGGGGAGAAACAGGAAGAAGGUCUUUUCGUUUUCAUCAGCCCUCAACGUGUGUUAUGCUAUUUUGUUUGGCCGGACCGCUGCCAUCAAAACCCCGAAGUGUUGGACAGGAAGGUUCCUGAUGAACCUGUGGGCUAUAUUUUGCUUGUUCUGUUUGUCGACAUACACAGCUAAUCUGGCCGCUGUCAUGGUGGGAGAGAAAACGUAUGAGGAACUUUCAGGAAUUCAUGAUCCCAAGCUUCAUCAUCCAUCACAAGGUUUCCGCUUUGGAACAGUGCGAGAAAGCAGUGCAGAGGAUUAUGUGAAGAAGAGUUUUCCAGAGAUGAACGAAUAUAUGAGAAGGUACAAUGUACCAACAACCCCAGAUGGGGUGGAAUAUUUAAAGCACGAUCCAGAAACACUUGAUGCUUUUAUAAUGGACAAAGCACUGUUGGAUUAUGAGGUCUCGAUUGAUGCCGAGUGCAAGUUACUAACAGUUGGCAAGCCUUUUGCUAUUGAAGGAUAUGGUAUUGGCCUUCCACAGAAUGCUCCAUUGACUUCAAAUGUUUCUGAAUUGAUUAGCCAGUACAAGUCCGAUGGUUUUAUGGAUGUGCUUCACGACAAAUGGUAUAAAGUUGUUCCGUGCGGCAAAAGAAGUUUUGCAGUGACAGAGACUUUACAAAUGGGUAUCAUGCACUUCUCAGGACUCUUUGUGAUGCUCUGUGUUGGAAUCAUUGGUUCUCUCCUCGCAACAGUUGGUGAGCACAUCAUCUAUAGACUGGUGCUUCCGAGAAUCAAAAGAAAACCUAAACUGACGUAUUGGCUCCAUACAAGUCAGAGAUUUCACCGGGCUUUAAAUGCAUCUAUCGCUGAUGAAAAAUUUCAGCAGAAAGUAAAUAGACUGGAAAAGAGAUGCAAUGUAGGAAAUAACCAGCAGGUUGUGUGGAAUACUGCCAGUCAAGUAAACUGGAGCAAACGAAAAUGCAUUUUCCAAGAGGAACAGCAAUCUGAAAUUGAUUUCAAGCACUGCAAGGAUGAACACCUACCCCAAAUGGCGAAGGAGCUCCCUGUAGCCAUCAAUUCCAACGGGAAAUCUGAACCACUUACUAAAGCCCGGAAUUCAGUCAUUCACGAGCUAUCAGAACUGGAGAAACAGAUUCAGUUUAUUAAGCAGGAACUGCAGAAAGCUAUGAGCAGGAAAAACGAGUUGGAAGAGUAUCAGAGAACAGUCAAAAAAACAGAAUCAUAAAGGUAUUACCGACACUUUGUAGGGAAAAAAGCAAAAGAAAUAGUUUGGUUGGAAAUACUUCAUUUCAUCUCUUGCCUUCACUUGCCUUCUUUUUAACAUUGAAGAAUUAAUGUGAAGAUGACCUCGCCCCCCCCACCCACCUUCCCCCAUUCUCUCCGAACUAUUUGGUUUCUAUCGUGUUUCAUCCCCGCUGAGAAAGAUGAAUUCUGCACAGAUUUGGGCUAAGUCUGAACUAGCUUUUUUUGGUUGGUUGUUUAUAUUUCUUAAUACAACAGAUGAUGUGCAGUGAUCUCAGCUAUAGAUAAAACAAAGGCAGUACUAUUUAAAGGGAACCAUUGAGAUUUGUUCAGUAGUAUUGAUGUUAAAGUUGUUCAUUUAGCUGACUCAAGAAUUGUUGUUGUCUUUCCUGAACUCCUUCCUACAACGUUGUACGCAUCAACACACAUGGACACACAGGCGGAGAAUGACCCCAGAACUAAACCUAAGAUCUCAAUAAAAAUAAUAAUAACCCUUGCAUUUCACAUAUCGCCUUUCA